UCUCUCUCUCUCUCUCUCUCCGCCUCUUCCCUCUCUCAUCGUAUCAUCUCUGCAAAAACGAAUCACUAAAUGCUGUUUUGCAGACCAAACACAAACCCAAACCGAGCAGAAUACGAAGCAGAGUGAAAAAAAUUACAACCAUGGAAGAGGUCUCAACGGGGGCCAUAGUUCCGGCGGUGAAGUCAGAGCCUAGAUCAUCUGCUUCCUUCGCCGCUGCAGCAGCGGCCUCAGGGGCGCACACCGAGCAGGCGGGAGCGAAGGACACGGGGUCAUCAGAGCUGGAGAAGGAUUUCCUAUGCCCGAUUUGCAUGCAAAUUAUAAAAGACGCGUUUCUCACAGCUUGUGGCCACAGCUUUUGCUAUAUGUGUAUAAUUACUCACCUCCGCAACAAGAGCGAUUGCCCUUGCUGCGGCCAUUACCUCACUAGCAACCAGCUCUUCCCUAAUUUCUUGCUCGACAAGCUAUUGAAGAAGGUUUCUGCCCGUCAAACAUCAAAAAAUGCAUCACCGGUUGAGCGUUUUCUCCAGGCACUGCAACAGGGUUGUGAAAUUUCAAUUAAGGAUGUGGACAACCUUAUGUCACUGCUUGCUGAGAAGAAAAGAAAAAUGGAGCAAGAAGAAGCUGAGAGAAAUAUGCAAAUAUUGCUAGACUUCUUACUCUACUUACGGAAGCAAAAAGUUGAUGAAUUGAAUGAGGUACGGACUGAUCUCCAAUAUAUUAAGGAGGACAUAGACGCUGUUGAGAGACAUAGAAUUGAGUUAUACCGUGUUAGAGACAGGUAUUCUAUGAAAUUGUGGAUGCUUGGAGAUGAUCCCAAUGUAAGAAAACCAUGGCCUUCAACAUUAGAUAAGAAGAGUGGGGGUGCCAUCAGCAGUUCUUUUAGUGCGAGAGGAGGGGUGACUGCAGGGAAUCUUCCAACUAAGAAAAUGGAUGGCAAGUCUCAAGUAAGCUCUCAUGGGCUCCAGAGAAAGGAUACUUUAAGUGGGUCUGACUCACAGCAUAAUCAGUCAGGGCUAUCUGUGGUGAGGAAAAAGCGGGUCCAUGCACAGUUCAACGACCUACAAGAAUGUUAUCUGCAAAAGCGUCGACUGUUGACAACCCAACCACAUAAACAGCAAGAAAGUGAUAAAAAUAUCAUUCAUAGAGAGGGCUACAGCUCAGGUCUUGUAGAUUUUCAAUCUGUGCUGAGUACCUUCACUCAAUAUAGUCGUUUAAGGGUCAUUGCUGAACUCAGGCAUGGGGAUAUAUUUCACUCUGCCAAUAUAGUGUCAAGCAUAGAAUUUGACCGUGACGAUGAACUGUUUGCUACUGCUGGAGUUUCAAGGCGAAUCAAAGUUUUUGACUUCUCCACGGUUCUGAAUGACCCUGCUGAUGUUCAUUGCCCUGUUGUUGAGAUGUCAACACGUUCUAAGCUUAGCUGCUUGAGUUGGAACAAGUAUGCUAAGAAUCAGAUAGCUAGUAGUGAUUAUGAGGGUAUAGUAACUGUUUGGGAUGUGACAACUAGGCAGAGUGUGAUGGAAUAUGAAGAGCAUGAAAAACGUGCAUGGAGUGUUGACUUUUCUCGUACCGAACCCUCAAUGCUUGUGUCUGGUAGUGAUGAUUGUAAGGUCAAAGUUUGGUGCACAAAUCAGGAAGCCAGUGUUAUCAACAUUGACAUGAAAGCGAAUAUUUGCUGCGUCAAGUAUAAUCCUGGAUUUAGCAAUUACAUUGCGGUUGGUUCAGCAGACCACCACAUUCACUACUAUGACUUGAGAAAUAUCAGCCAUCCGCUCCAUGUGUUCAGUGGACAUCGUAAAGCUGUUUCAUAUGUGAAAUUCUUGUCUAACAAUGAGCUUGCUUCAGCAUCUACAGACAGUACAUUACGAUUAUGGGAUGUAAAGGAUAAUGUGCCAGUUCGUACCUUCAGAGGCCACACAAAUGAAAAAAAUUUUGUAGGCCUCUCAGUAAACUGUGAUUACAUUGCAUGUGGCAGCGAAACAAAUGAUGUUUUUGUCUACCACAAGGUUAGCUAUGAAAUCUCCAAACCUGUUACGUCGCACAGAUUUGGUUCACCUGAAAUGGAUGAUGCCGAUGAGGAUGCCGGAUCUUACUUUAUUAGUGCUGUCUGCUGGAAGAGUGACAGCCCUACGAUGCUAGCUGCAAAUAGCCAGGGUACAAUUAAAGUAUUAAUUCUUGCAGCGUAAAUAAAUUAACAAAAGAAAAAGAAAGAGAAAAAGAAAAGGAGAUUAAUGUAUUUAAACUUAUGGGUUCUAUUGUCUAUGAUGAUUGGUUAUUUUGCUGUAUAUAUCAUUGGAUUGGAGCAUGAAUUAGCGGAUCUGUAGGUCUGGUUCCAUAGUUCUUGUCCUUUUUUUGGCAGAUAAUUGUACAAGUUUUUCACUACAGGAUGUAAUCAUUCGAGGUUUGAUUAAUGGCAUUUUUAACAUUACAUAGCUGAAA